CCUAAGCACUUGUAAAUGUCCAGAAACCAUGAACCAGUGACUUCCUUGGUCCAGGAGCCAGCUUCCCAAGUCCCGCGCGAAGUUGUACCACUUUCUGGCGAGCAUCGCGCAGCGCCAGUGUCGGAGGAGAGGGCUGCAGGGAUGAUGACUGUUUCCAGCAAACUGCGCUUUCUGCUGAUGCAGCAGCUGAGAGGUACUACCCAGCUGUACGGCAACGUCAGCCUUCGCUCUCUGAGCUCUUCUGCACAAGAGGCCCUCAAAAGAGCCCCUGAGGUAUCUUCAGACCACAAUUAUGAAUCGAUUCAAGUGACAUCGGCCCAGAAGCAUGUUCUCCACGUACAGCUAAGCCGGCCAGAGAAGAGGAAUGCCAUGAACAGGGCUUUCUGGAGGGAGUUGGUGGAAUGCUUCCAGAAGAUAUCAGAAGACUCCGACUGUCGGGCUGUUGUAAUCUCUGGUGCAGGAAAGAUGUUCACUUCAGGGAUUGACAUCAUAGACAUGGCAAGCCUCCUGCAGCCCCCAGGAGAUGAUGUGGCGCGCAUGGCCUGGUACCUCCGUGACCUCAUCAGCAAAUACCAGAAGACCUUCACUGUCAUUGAGAAGUGCCCCAAGCCAGUGAUUGCUGCCAUUCACGGAGGCUGCGUUGGUGCAGGUGUGGACCUCAUCUCUGCCUGUGACAUUCGCUACUGUGCCCAGGAUGCUUUCUUCCAGGUCAAGGAGGUGGAUAUCGGUCUGGCUGCCGAUGUGGGAACCCUGCAGCGACUGCCCAAGGUCAUCGGGAACCAGAGCCUGGUCAAUGAGCUGACCUUCACCGCCCGGAAGAUGAUGGCUGACGAGGCCCUGGACAGUGGACUGGUCAGCCGCGUGUUCCCAGAUAAGGACGUCAUGUUGAAUGCAGCCUUUGCCCUGGCGGCUGAGAUUUCCAGCAAGAGCCCCGUGGCUGUGCAGGGGUCAAAAAUCAACCUAAUCUACUCCCGAGACCAUUCUGUGGACGAGAGCCUUGACUACAUGACUCUGCCCUACAAGAGGCCCAUUCCAGGUGGCCUCAAUGUUGGAAUGUCCGUUUACGUCCAAGGAGUAGCCAAAGAGAACAUGAAACGGUUCCGAGUGGACUUCACGGUGGGGCAGGAUGAGGGGGCAGACAUCGCCUUCCACUUCAAUCCCCGCUUUGACGGCUGGGACAAGGUGGUCUUCAACACGAAGCAGAACGGACAAUGGGGCAAAGAGGAGAAGAAGAUGAGCAUGCCUUUCUCGAAGGGCAGCCACUUCGAGCUGGUGUUCAUGGUCAUGUCUGACUACUACAAGGUCGUGGUAAAUGGAAAUCCCUUCUAUGAAUAUAGGCACCGGCUGCCGCUACAGAUGGUCAACCAUCUGCAUGUGGAUGGAGACUUGGAACUUCAGUCAAUCAACUUCCUUGGAGGCCAAUCUGCCCCAGCCCCGUAUCCGGGACAUAUGGCUAGUUCACCUCACCCUGGUCCUGGGUACUACCCUCCACAGAUGAACAGCCUGCCUGUCAUGGCAGGACCCCCAACCUUCAAUCCGCCUGUGCCAUACGUGGGGACUCUACAUGGGGGGCUUAUAGCCCGAAGAACCAUCAUAGUCAAGGGCUAUAUACUUCCCACAGCCAAGAACUUUAUCAUCAACUUCAAGGUGGGGUCGUCAGGGGACAUAGCUCUCCACAUCAACCCUCGCAUGGGUGAGGGCGUGGUUCGCAACAGCUUUAUGAACGGCUCCUGGGGCUCUGAGGAGAGGAAGAUCGGCUACAACCCAUUUGGCCCUGGGCAGUUCUUUGAUCUGUCAAUCCGCUGCGGCACGGAUCGGUUCAAAGUGUUCGCCAACGGCCAGCACCUUUUUGACUACUCGCAUCGGUUCCAAGCGUUCCAGAGGAUAGACAUGCUGGAGAUCAAAGGUGACAUCACCUUGUCCUAUGUCCAGAUCUGAGCUCCUCCUGGGGAAGACGAGAGACCCCCUAGUUCUGUCUAAGCCCUAAUAAAAUGUCUAAGGGG